UGGGUUGGCUGAGAGCAAAGGUCCUGGUGGGAGGGGAGGGCUCGGCUGGGCGGCUGGAGCCCGGGCAGAGCGUGGGGAGCACCCAAGUGGGGCCAGAGGGACAUCGUGUGCAGCAGCGAGGAGCCCGCAGAGGAACAUGGCACUGCUCUCGGGGCUCCUGGUGCUCAGCUUGUUCUGCCUGCACGUGCUCCCUCCUGUGAGCGCCAUGGACCCCUUGGGCCUGCAGCUGAUGAUCGGGCAGGGCCAGGAGAAGCUGUCCCCUCUUUCCCUCCUCGAGUUGGACAACCAGGAGCAUGGUGGCCACACUGCCCUGAACGAGGCCCCAGGAGAAUGCAAGGGGACCCCAACCCCGGAGCAGACCCGCAGGUUGGCCCAGGCCAUGAUGGCCUUCACCAGGGACCUCUUCUCCCUGGUGGCCCGAAGCUCCACCAGGCCCAACCUCGUCCUGUCGCCUCUGAGUGUGGCCCUGGCACUGUCUCACCUGGCACUAGGUGCUCAGAACCAAACGCUGCAGAGGCUGCAGCAGGUGCUGCAUGCAGACUCAGGGCCCUGCCUCCCCUACCUGCUCAGCCGCCUCUGCCAGGAUCUGGGCCCUGGGGCUUUCCGACUGGCUGCCAGAAUGUACCUGCAGAAAGGAUUUCCCAUCAAAGAAGACUUCCUGGAACAAUCAGAAGAGCUCUUUGGUGCAAAGCCCAUGAGCCUGACCGGAAGGAAGGGGGAUGACCUGGCGAACAUCAACCAGUGGGUGAAGGAGGCCACGGAGGGCAAGAUUGAGGAUUUCCUCUCAGACCUGCCGGAGGACACAGUGCUGCUUCUCCUCAAUGCCAUCCAUUUCCAGGGCUUCUGGAGGAGCAAGUUCGACCCGAAUCUCACCCAGAGGGACACUUUCCACCUGGACGAGCAGUUCACGGUGCCGGUGGACAUGAUGCAAGCCCGCAUGUACCCGCUGCGCUGGUUCCUGCUGGAGCAGCCCGAGAUCCAGGUGGCUUAUUUCCCCUUUAAGAACAACAUGAGCUUCGUGGUCAUGGUGCCCAUCCACUUCGAGUGGAACGUGUCCCAGGUGCUGGCCAACCUGAGCUGGGACAUCCUGCACCAGCCCUUGCUGCGGGAGAGGCCCACCAAGGUCCAGCUGCCUAAGCUGCAUCUGAAAUACCAGCUGGACCUGGUGGCCACUCUCAGCCAGCUGGGCCUGCAGGGGCUGUUCCAGGCCCCGGAUCUGCGUGGGAUCUCGGACGAGAGCCUGGUGGUGUCCAGCGUACAGCAUCAGUCCACGCUGGAGCUCAGUGAGGCCGGCGUGGAGGCGGCCGCGGCAACCAGCACGGCCAUGUCCCGCAUGUCCCUCUCCUUCAGCGUGAACCGUCCCUUCCUCUUCUUCAUCCUUGAGGACACCACGAGCCUGCCCCUCUUCGUGGGCAGUGUGAGGAACCCCAACCCUGGUGCACAGCCAGAGCGCAAGGAGCAGCAAGAUUCCCCUGACAGCAGGUACCCCUUCUGGAACCAGAAAGCCUUCCCCCGUGGAGACAAGCCCUUCUACCCGGACUUGAAACUCGCGCCCCCCUCUGAGGAGGAGGAUUACCCCCAACCUAGCGGCCCCAAGUGAGGGGCUGUGGCCGCGAGCAUCCUGAGUCCCUGCUUGGACCAGCCUCUCAACUCGUGUGACUCUUUCCAAACAGCUUUGUGGGAUUAGGGGCAGGGCCUGGGUGGACAGCCUGGGAGAGAGUGGAGGGGAGCCGUCCUCUCCUCUCCUUUUUGGGGGAGUCUGGGGUGGGGUGGUGCCAGGGAACCCUGAGCUUGAUCCUGCAUCCUCUCUUCCAAAGGGGCUCAGAGGAUGUCCUAAUUUGGGGUUUGGGUGGAGGGGCAGCUAUGGUUCCUUUUGUGGGGAAGGUAGGUAUGCCAUUCCCUCAAUUGGCUGCGACGCCUGCGUGUGUUUACCAGAGAGGGAGGGACCAGCUGGGGAGAGCAGAGAUAGGCCCAGGGGCAGCCCGGGGUGCCCAGCACUGCCGGGGGGUGGGGGGUGGUCAGCCAAUGUGGAUGGAGGUUGAGCACCCCCUACGGCUGCCCCUGCCCUGAGCUGCCUCAGGCCCACCAGGCUCCAGCCGGCCCUGUCACCUCAGUCUCCCUGCUGGUCCUUGGAGGUACCAACACUGCCAGAACUCCCCUUCCUUCCUUUCCCCGCUGCCCCUCUGCCCGGGGGGUGUCUCAGGGACUGAGGGGGUGGGGGGGACAUGAGUUCCCAAAGGCUCUUUUGUAAAGUUUUUGUAGUGAUUUUUAUGCCACCUGAAUAAAGAAUGAAUGGGCC